CAGGGGCUUGCCAGGUGCCGGUAUAAAUGUGCAAGAUCAAUCCUACCCUAGAGUGCCACUCCCCCUCACUCACGUUGUACAUUUCCAACCGCUCGCUGAACUCCCCAUCGUAAGGUGAGGAAUUGAUGGCCACUCCACAUGCUCCGUCGGCGGUGGCUCCGUCGCCGCGGCCACAACCCACUUCCGCUGCUAUUCUGACGCCGCCACAGAACAAAGCGCCUCUCGAGACCUUGUCCGCUGCGGGGUAUCCCUUCAACAAUCAUUACGGUGAUGCAGACGUAGUCUUGCAGACCAAGGACAUGACAAGGUUUUACGUGCACCGCGCGGUAUUGCGUAUCGCAUCGCCUCUGUUUGCAAGCAUGUUCGCGUCAUGGCAGCCAAAUCUCCACCCAACCGCCUCCUCGGACACGAUGUUCUUUGACGACUACAUGCGGCUCCCCGUCGUCAAAGUUGCGGAGAAGGCAGACACCCUUGACCGCUUACUACGCAUGUGUUAUCCCAUCCCGGAAUCGGCGUUCGUGGAUGUGGCCGAUCUCAGUCCCGUCCUUGGGGCUGCGCUGAAAUGCAACAUGACAGAAGCAAUAGACGUCCUGAUCGACAAGCUGCUGGACUUCUGUAAAGACUAUCCUCUCCAGGUAUUCGCCGCAGCAUGCACGAACAACAUCGAGGACGUAGCCGGACAUGCCGCGGGGUGUUUCUCAGGCUACGUGGGGAAGGAGUCCGACAAGGCGACGAUGACGUUCUGCUCCCGCCGUCCAAUCUCUGAUUACACGCCGUUGAUGGACGAUGUUCCGGCGUCCUCGUACUUCCAGCUCCUGCAGGUUCACAGGAGUUAUGCGUCCCGGUCUCUUGACACCCCAGUGCUGCCGCCUGUGUUCUGUUUAUCGCCGGCCCCGAGACGAGUGCCCCCACCGAUCGGGGAUCAAGCAUGUCCGCCGUUCGGCGACUCUGCCCACGGAGACACCGUAGUCCGCUCGUCCACGUACGCCGCCCCGGACCUGUUCAAGUUGGUCGCAUCGUCGAACGGCCACGCAGUCAGCGUCACGGAGGACGGGAGCACGCUGGCGAUGCUGUUGCGACUAUGCUACCCCAUGGCAGACCCCGUCAUGCCGGAUCGGUCGUCGGACGACGAUCGCAUCGUCGACGCGGCAGAAGAGUUCGCCAAACGGGCGUGCGUCGCUGCCGCCGAGACGCUCCCGCUGCGGCUCUACUUCAUCGCGUGGCAGUACGGCUGGCAAGACGUAACCGAGCAGUCCGCCUUGCGCGCGGUAUACGAUCUCACAGAACAGUACGUCCCCGAGAUGGACUCGGCGCCCGCUGAGGCGUACCGCCGUCUCCUCGUCUACCGCCGGGAGUGCCGAAGCAUCAUCCUCGCGAAUUGGCACAACUGCAACCUUCGUCGGAGCGGUGCGUUCGAUGUCGAGUAUUGGAGCCAGCAGCCGUGGCUCCAGAAGGCCGGGGAAGCGCGGUUCUGGAUGGCGCUACACAGACGUGCCCAGGAACAGGCCGAUCGCACUCAGUCUGUGGCGAGCCUGGACGUGGAAGCGAUCUUGCCCUCGUCGACGAUUCAGGAAUUGCCGGGGAUAGCUCAGAAUGGCGUUGGAGGGCCAUUCUCGUUUGGCGCACCGUCGCUCGCCGGCGCGAGCACUGGAAACGUCGUUGGCGCGGCCAAGGGGUUGCUAGCGGACCGUUGCACCUGAGGCAACAGGCUAUCGUGAGAAUAGCGGAGCAACUCGUUAAGGUCAAGCUGUAACACUACCGUGCUCUCGCGUUGUCGGUCAAGCAUGAAGCGGCCGGAUGCGUGGUCGUAUAAGCUUCGUGGUGCGUGUCUGGAAUGCUACAGUGUCUUAUGUAUGUUCUCCAUGUUGUGCAUGUUAUACGUAUGUCCAUUUGUAUCUUCUAUCUCUAUGUCGAUUCCGCGUCGCACGCAGAUUCAAUUGGACAGAGACGUCACCGGCUCUGCCUCAGGCUUGCUGUACUAAUCC